CAGCUGGGGUAGCAAAAGCGCAUCCUGAAUGAAUCUCCGCUCCCCUGCAGUUGUCGACGGAAACGAAAGGAUAUACACGCUAUCCCGGAAAUUGUUGGGAUUUCAAGAUGGCAGACCGCGUCAACAACUUUCCUCCCCUACCCCAGAUCUUGAGAAUAAAGCCAUGCUUUUACCAAAACAUUGAAGAAGAAAUACCUGCACCGCACCAGCAGUUGGUGCGCAGAGUCUACACUCUUUGGAUGAUGUAUUCAGGCACACUGUUCCUAAAUGUGAUCUCAUGUAUUGCUUGGUGGGCUGGGGGUGGAAGUGCUCAAAAUUUCGGCUUUUCACUACUCUGGCUCAUACUCUUCAGCCCGUGCAGUUACACCUGCUGGUUCAGACCACUCUACAAAGCUUUCAGGGCUGACAGUUCUUUCAACUUCAUGUUCUUCUUCUUCUGCUUCUUCCUUCAAUGUGUCUUGGCUCUAAUCCAGACUAUUGGCAUCUCUGGUUGGGGAGCAAGCGGCUGGAUUGCGACAAUGAUGUUUUUCAGCACAAAUGUGGGCUCCGCUAUAGUGAUGCUUAUCACAACUCUGCUCUUCACUGUGGUGACUGCUUUAAUGGUACUGGUUCUCAUUAAGGUGCACAGAAUGUACAGAGGCGGCGGCGGUAGUAUGGAGCGUGCUCAGGAGGAGUGGAGCACCGGGCUGUGGAAGAGUGCACCGGUGAGGGAAGCAGGUUUUAACGCUGUUGCUCAGACAGCCCAGGGCCCGAGUUUGCCCCAGUACCCUGCCGCAGUGCCGAGCUACCCCGACAACAGCCACUGGUGAUAGCGGAGAGUCACCGCUAGAUGGAGACAGACAGCUGGUCUUGUUUAAGCACUAUAUCAUCUCACCCUGACAUGACAAAAUGCCUAGAAAUAUUGUUUUGAAUCAGAGGAUAGUUUUCACCUGAUAUAAGCACUGCUAAAUGGAUAUCUUCAUAACAUGUCAUUACAUUUCAAAUUUAGUUUACAUAUAUUUUAUUAUUAAAUGAAUGAAAGAGAACUACAAUUGUAUGCUUAAAAAGUCUUGCAAAUAUGCAAUUGGAAGCUCAAAAAGAGUGAACUGUUUCAGGAUAACAUUAUGUAUAGGAUGUGUGCCUUAUUGACCUUUUAUGAAAGCAUUGUUUUAUGUAUUGCAAAAUCUGCAUGCUAGAAAUCAUAGAAUGCCAAACAUACUUUUGCUUUUGCAACAAUAGAGCGGCUGCAAACUGCACGUUUUUUAUCUUGUUGAAUUGAUUUCUUUGUGUAUUCUCUUUCAGGAGUUCAGUUUAUUUUUGAUGCGUUGUGCUUGAAAUCUCCAUGCUUGCCUACUGUGGCUGUAAUAUCCUGAAAUGCGCCUUUAAUAUUGCGUGCAGAUUUUGUAUGUAAAAACUAUCUAGCUUGACUUUCGCCUUAACAAACUGCUUUUUGUGUUAAACAGAACUUUUGCUUCAGUGAAGCAAUGUGUGGAAACAUUUCAAAAGUUUUGGUUGUGUAUUCCUCGUGAUUACUCACUGAGUGCUCAUGUGCCAAAACACUAGCCUCUUUCCUUUGUUUUAAUACUGAAAAAGGUCACACCCAAAGUAGAUGUGUUCAGUUUCUACACUGUUUGCUUUUAGUGUUCAGCGCCCUGCAGUGAAGGGCCCUAUCUGCUGUUGUCAAAUGUUCCAGUCACUUUCACUUUCCCCCAGAUAGACAGAAUAUGUUUGUGUGACUGCAGUGUGUUUGCAUGCAGCCUAUCAUGGGGUUCGGACUGAACAGAACUCUUAUUUCAAAUAAACUGAACUCGGGUUACCAAUACAAACAAGUCAACUGACUGAAAAAAUAACUGCAAAUGGAUCAGCAGUGCAGUAAAAUGCACACACAGUCUGUUAUCUGAUUAAAUGUCAUUGCAACAAUCGUAUGUGAAGAAUCUGAUUAAACACAAUGAUUGUGGCUUUUUAUGCAGGUACAAUAUAAGUUGAACUGCUUUUUAUUUUGGCAGAAUGAUACAAAAAGCCUAUGUGAAGCUAAGCACCGGAUGGAAGUAAAAGGUGCCUGCCUCAUAAUUUGAUUUACUUGUUAUGAAAGUGACCUCUGGCCAACUGCCAAAACCGUUUUUUAAUUUUUUUUUCCUUUUAUUUGAUAAGUGCGAUAUUGUUAAAACCUUAAAAUAUUGCAACAUUUCAAUAAAUAUUAUUAUUCCCACUA